AUGGCCAGGUCGUACGGCGGCCGGGUGCUGGCCGCGAUGGUCUUGUUGGGCGUCCCCGCGGCGGUGCUGGCGGCGCUGGGCGCGCAGCUGCUGUUCCAGCUGCAGGCGGGCCGCGCGGAGCUUCGAGGACCGCGAAUCGACGGGCUGGGCCCGGAGCUGGGCGCCGGCCCCCGGCUGCCGGAGGACGCGGCCGGGGCGCUGCUGCCGCUGGCAGCCGCACUCUCCGCGCUAGCCCUGGUGCUGGGCCUCACCUGCCUGCUGCUCGCCGCGCUCUGCGGCCACCUGGGCGCCGAGAUGGCGCGGGGACCGGGCUCUAACAGGUCUGACUGGUUUCUCUAUGACUGCCGCCUCCUCAGACAUGUGGCUCUCGGCCUCUUCUGUUGCGGGGUCUCCGUCUACUUGGCAGCACUGUCCAUCUACGCCCUGCUGCUCUUCGAGAUCGAGACAGGUGCAGCAGCUGCCUCCAUCCUUGGCUUGGGUGCUCUAGUCCUGGUGGCAGCACUGACCCACACUCUGCUCCAGGCCGCCCGGACCACCCGCCGGGGCCUCCAUGAACUGUCCCCACCACACUUUGAAGAUGACCCUGUCCGCCCUGCUGACGUCUCCAAGGCCGGCCCCAGGGCUCAGCCCCAGCAGGGUAUUCAUCACUGGACUCUCUACUCACCCUCCCCUAAACUGGGGGACCCCCUCAGACCCAUGGCCACUGACACAGCACCUGCAGUCAGGGGAGGAGGGUGGGAGGGCGGCCCGCCUGCAUCCCGCAUGCACCGGACACUGUCUGCCAGCGAGGGCCGCUGGGGAGAGGUCACACAUGAGAUGCGCAGCAUCCUGGGCCACAGGCCAGGGGGUUCAGGGAAGGACUCCACCUUGGUGUGA